CUGCCCGGCACAUUGGUCUCCUAGGUGAGAAUGGCAAGAACUGUGUCUGACUCCGACUUCUACACCCUCCCUGUCGGGAUUCGAACAGUGGCUGUCACCGAGAGCAAGUUUCUCAUAAAUGGGAAGCCUUUCUAUUUCCACGGCGUCAACAAGCAUGAGGAUUCGGAUAUCCGAGGGAAGGGCUUCGAUUGGCCACUGCUGAUAAAGGAUUUCAACCUAUUGAAAUGGCUUGGUGCCAACUCCUUCCGCACCAGCCACUACCCCUACUCAGAGGAGGUCCUCCAGCUCUGUGAUCGAUACGGAAUUGUGGUCAUUGAUGAGUGUCCUGGUGUGGGCAUCAAGCUGCCCCAGAGUUUUGGCAACGAGUCUCUUCGGCACCACCUAGAGGUGAUGGACGAGCUGGUGCGCAGGGACAAAAAUCACCCUGCAGUUGUGAUGUGGUCUGUGGCCAAUGAGCCUGCUUCUGCUCUGAAACCUGCAGCUUAUUACUUCAAGUGAGUAGUACCUUCUCCC